AUGGGACUACUGACUAGAAAAAGUAAUAUAGAAUUGGAAGGCCUUUUACUAAAAAUGAAGUCGCGAUGUAAUUUCAAGAGAAGCAAACGAAGACGACAUUUUGGGGAUUUCGAAUUUAAGGUUCGUAAACAAGUGCAAAAAGUCUUGAUGGUACUUGAUGGAUUGGGUGUCCCGUUCAAAGCCAUUGAUAUAACAAUACGAGGUAACGAGAGACAUCGGGAUUUUAUGCGACAAAACGCUGUAAAUGAGCGACACGAUGGCAUUCCAUUGCCACCUCAGUUUUUUGUUGAUGAGAAAUAUUUAGGAAAUUACAUUGAUUUCGAAGAAGCAGUUGAAGACAACCAGCUGCCAGAAUUUCUCCAGCUUGUACCAUCUUCAACAGUGAGAUUGAUUUUUUUAUGA